CCCCAUUCCUCUGGCCCCUUCCGCCUUGUGGCUGUCUCGGCGUCGGGAUACCUGGUCCAGUGAUGAUGGAGAUUUGCUGGGGGAUGAAGGGGAACGUUAAUUACAGGGGCGAGUAGAGGGGCCAGGGAUAGUAUGGACAGGGUAGAGUCAAAUCAUCCUCUCGCUUUAGAGGUAAAAUCUUUAAAAGCGAAAAUGUGAGGGGGAGAUGCGCUGGCAAGGAACGCUCUUUGCUGCAAGGCCCGGCUGCUGGCAGAGUUGUGGUUCCCACGCUAAUGCGCAAACAGGGUGGCGUGCUGUCUAAACUAAAGGGAGAUAAGCUCCCUCGAGGCAGAGGAGGCCGCAGCCCAGCCAGCCAGGCCCGCGAAGUGAGUGAAAGGGCGAGGGCGUGGCUUCGGGGGGGCGCCGCCCUCACGUCCUUAAAUUGGGGUGUGGGCGGGCGCCCCUCUGCGUCGCUGGAGGGGAAACUCUGCGCCGCGUCUCGCUCGCCGCCAUGGCCCUUCUCCGAGAGUUCUUCAGAUGCUCCAUACAUGGCCAGGCAUGUUGGCUUGCGUGUGGGAGUCCCACAAGAGACCCCAGCUCUCACUGUUAAUAGACUCUGUGGCUCUGGUUUCCAGUCCAUUGUGAGUGGAUGUCAGGAAAUUUGUGUGAAGGAUGCUGAAGUUGUCUUGUGCGGAGGAACUGAAAGCAUGAGCCAGGCUCCCUACUGUGUCAGAAACGCGCGUUUUGGAACCAAGUUGGGAUCAGAUCUCAAGCUGGAAGAUAUUCUGUGGUCAGGAUUAACAGAUCAGCAUGUCCAACUCCCCAUGGCAAUUACUGCAGAGAAUCUCGCUGUGAAAUACAACAUAAGCAGAGAAGACUGUGACAAAUACGCCCUGCAGUCCCAGCAGAGGUGGAAAGCUGCUAAUGAUGCUGGCUACUUCAAUAAUGAGAUGGUACCAAUUGAGGUGAAGACUAAGAAGGGGAAACAGAUGAUGCAGGUAGAUGAGCAUGCACGGCCCCAAACAACCCUGGAGCAGUUAAAUAAACUGCCUCCAGUAUUCAAGAAGGGAGGAACCGUUACUGCAGGGAAUGCGUCGGGGAUAUCCGAUGGUGCUGGAGCUGUUAUCAUAGCUAGUGAAGAUGCCGUUAAAAAACAUAACUUCACACCACUCGCAAGAAUUGUGGGCUAUUUUGCGUCUGGAUGUGAUCCCUCUAUCAUGGGUAUUGGUCCUGUCCCUGCUAUCAAUGGGGCACUGAAGAAAACAGGACGGAGUCUUAAGGACAUGGAUUUGGUAGAGGUGAAUGAAGCUUUUGCUCCUCAGUACUUAGCAGUUCAGAAGAGUUUGGAUCUUGACCCAAGUAAAACCAACGUGAAUGGCGGAGCCAUUGCUUUGGGUCACCCACUGGGAGGAUCUGGAACAAGAAUUAUGGCGCACCUGGUUCACGAAUUAAGGCGUCGGGGUGGAAGAUACGCUGUGGGAUCAGCUUGCAUCGGGGGCGGCCAGGGUAUCGCAGUUAUCAUCGAAAGCACAGCCUGAGGGGCCCGCCGAGGCCCGCUCGCACUUCGAGGGGCCAGGGCCACAGGGAGCCAGGUGACCUUCAGAGCAGCUGCAGAACCACACAUGCCCUGUACUGGAAGUGACUGAGCUCGAUGAAGGGAUAGUGAGGCAAAAAGAUGUGUCUCUCAUGAAUAAGAGCCCACGCCAGAAUAAAUAAGUUCUCUCAGAUUUGCACCAGAUGGGAUCUAUCUCUGAGCAAACGUCCAACCGCAGAGGCCUUAAAAGAAUUGGUAUAAUGCUGAAUAAUCACCACUUAUGCCUUAGAUACUACGAGUGCAAGAAAAUUGAAUAAAUACUGCUUUAACUUCA